AUGUUGUUGAUGAAAUUCCCUACCCGCAACGGUACUGGCGUUAUCCGGAGUGACCAGCUCAGCGCACGGACGUGCUAUGCCACUGUUCUUAGAUCAGUAACUUGCAAGCCGCCAAUGGAAGCCAUGUCUGUGCAGGGACUAUCGAACGGUAGCGGACCUAUAGACAACCCAAGAGAGGAAACGCCAACGCCGGUGGCGCAGCCCUCCGAAGAGCUCGAAACAGUGAUCCUGAAUGAGGAAUUUCCCGAUCGGUGGGUAAAAAUCGGCACCAACCUAGGUCCCGACCUACAGAGGCAGUUCAUCGACUUCUUUCGGCAACAGGCGGAGGUCUUCGCCUGGUCUUACGACGAUAUGCCCGGCAUAUCACCUGACGUCAUCAGCCACAAGCUCAGCAUCUCCCCCGCCCAUAAACCGGUCAGACAAAAGUGA